CUUGGGCUAGUGGAAGAAGGGGGAUCCGGAGAAAAGGCAGCCCUAGAGCUAUAACAGAGGGCAGAGGUUAAAUCUGCUGGCGUUUUUAUUGCAAGUAUGGUCACUGCAUACCCUGUCCCUGAAGGCUUCACUGAAUUAGAGGUGUUUGCCAUCGGCACUGCCCUGCUGGUAGAAGCCCUGCUUGGUUUCUGUCUGAAUGGCUUGACAAUUAUUUCUUUCCGAAAAAUCAAAGAACUCCGAACACCCAGCAAUCUGCUGGUUCUCAGCAUUGCACUGGCCGACUGCGGGAUCUGCAUCAACGCAUUCAUCGCUGCCUUUUCCAGCUUCCUAAGAUACUGGCCCUACGGCUCUGAUGGUUGUCAAAUUCAUGGAUUCCAGGGCUUCUUGACAGCACUAGCCAGCAUUAGUUCCUGUGCUGCAGUCGCCUGGGACCGGUAUCAUCACUACUGUACAAGGAGCAAGCUGCAGUGGAGCACGGCCAUCUCCAUGAUGGUGUUCGCGUGGCUGUUUGCUGCCUUUUGGUCCGUGAUGCCCUUGCUGGGGUGGGGGGAAUAUGACUACGAGCCUCUCCGAACCUGCUGCACCCUGGACUACAGCAAAGGGGACAGAAACUAUAUCACAUUCCUUUUUGCUCUAUCCAUUUUCAAUUUCAUGAUCCCGGCCUUCAUCAUGUUGACUGCCUAUCAGUCCAUACACCAGAAGUUCAAGAAAAGUGGGCACUAUAAGUUUAAUACUGGUUUACCAUUGAAGACGCUGGUCGUUUGCUGGGGUCCUUACUGCCUUUUAUGCUUCUAUGCAGCAGUUGAAAAUGUGACGUUCAUUUCACCAAAAUACCGCAUGAUUCCUGCUGUUAUUGCCAAGACUGUGCCAACAGUGGAUGCCUUUGUAUAUGCCCUGGGGAAUGAGAACUACAGAGGAGGAAUAUGGCAGUUCCUUACAGGACAGAAGAUUGAGAAAGCAGAGGUUGAUAACAAAAUGAAAUAACCCAUUAUGGCAUUAAGCCAAAUUAAUGCAGGUACAUCACUGAAAGCAAAAUGGUAGAGGAAACGACGUGCAUUCUCUGAUAUGUACAUGCAAAGGUGGUUCCACAUUGGAAAGGCCGUGCAUCGGCUACAAGCAAUGAAGUACUGAAAGAAAGCCCUCCACAUAACUGUCCAAACCAUCACGAGCUGCUUGUCAAACAA